AUGCACCAGGUAUUAUCUGCACCAUCCUUGCCAGCAGGCCCUGACGCUGCCCUAGGUCAGGCCAGGAGGCUCACAGACAGAAACCUGCCCUGCAGGGCCAUGGGGCCCAGGAGCCACCUCCUCGGCCUUGGCUUCUCUGUCUCCAGACUGGGCCUUCUGCUCCUGCUCCCACUCCUUCCAGAGUGCCUGGGAGCUGAGGGCAGGCUGGCUUACAAGCUGUUCCGUGACCUCUUCUCAAACUACACAAGUGCCCUGAGACCUGUGGCAGAUACAGACCAGGCUCUGAACGUGACCCUGGAGGUGACAUUGUCCCAGAUCAUCGACAUGGAUGAGCGCAACCAGGUGCUGACCCUGUACCUGUGGAUCCGACAGGAGUGGACAGAUGCCCACCUACGAUGGGACCCUGAUGACUAUGGUGGCCUGGAUGCCAUCCGCAUCCCCAGCAGUCUCGUGUGGCGGCCAGACAUCGUACUCUACAACAAGGCAGACGCGCAGCCCCCAGCCUCCGCCACCACCAAUGUAGUUCUGCGACAUGACGGGGCCGUGCGCUGGGACGCGCCGGCCAUCACGCGCAGCUCGUGCCGCGUGGACGUGUCGGCCUUCCCAUUCGACUCACAGCGCUGCGGCCUGACUUUCGGCUCGUGGACGCACGGCGGUCACCAGCUGGAUGUGCGGCCCCGCGGCGACCACGCCAGCCUGGCGGACUUCGUGGAAAACGUGGAGUGGCGCGUGCUGGGCAUGCCGGCGCGGCGGCGCGUGCUCACCUACGGCUGCUGCUCGGAGCCCUACCCGGACGUGACCUUCACGCUGCUGCUCCGCCGCCGCGCCGCCGCCUACGUGUGCAACCUGCUGCUGCCCUGCGUGCUCAUCUCCCUGCUCGCGCCGCUCGCCUUCCACCUGCCUGCCGACUCCGGGGAGAAGGUGUCGCUGGGCGUCACCGUGCUGCUUUCUCUCACUGUCUUCCAGCUGCUCCUGGCCGAGAGCAUGCCUCCGGCCGAGAGCGUGCCGCUCAUCGGGAAGUACUACAUGGCCACCAUGACCAUGGUCACCUUCUCCACGGCGCUCACUAUCCUUAUCAUGAACUUGCAUUACUGUGGUCCCAGUGCCCGCCCAGUGCCAGCCUGGGCUCGGGCUUUCCUACUGGGACACCUGGCACGGGGCCUCUGUGUGCGGGAACGAGGGGAGCCCUGUGGACAGUCUGGACGGCCUGAGUCACCUCCCAGUCCCCAGCCUCCUGCUGGCCCCCCAGCAGGCCCUUGCCAUGAGCCCCGGUGUCUCUGCCGUCAGGACGCCCUGCUGCGCCACGUAGCCACCAUUGCCAACACCUUCCGCAGCCACCGGGCUGCCCAGCACCGCCAUGCGGACUGGAAACGCCUGGCCCGUGUGAUGGACCGUUUCUUCCUGGGCAUCUUCUUCUCCAUGGCCCUGGUCAUGAGCCUCCUGGUGCUGCUGCAGGCCCUGUGAGUCCCAGGAGUCUGCUGUAGCCACAGCAAGUCCAGACAGCAAUGGAAAGGCCCGGUGGGUGGUGGUCCUCAGAUGGCCCUCCCAGUCUCUCCCCACUGUGCCUGUGAGCCUAGGACACCUUUUCCCAGGAUUAGCUCUGCUGAAUUCACAGGCCAUGAGGGAGCACUUGUUGUCUGUGCAUCCCGAUCUCUAAGGAGAAUAUAGAGCUUGCUGCUCCCCUGAUUCCCUUGAGAGGAGGAACUCUCUAAGAAGGGUCCAGAUCAAAGUGCAGCCCUGGGGGGCAACUGAACUUCCAUGAUGAGUGUUAGAGCUUUCAGCGGGGAGAAUACAGAACUGAUGUCCUACCUUAUCUGCCUUCCUCGGUGGCUGCUGUGACACACACUUGGUCUUGCUGUCCCUGCCUCAGGGCUCAGGGAAGGGGACCGGGGAUUCAGAUUCAUGAUCUAGUUUCCAGAGCAGGAGGUCACACAAGGAUCUGGCCCCAAAGCCCCAACUCAAUCAUUAAGUGUGUGCCUGGCACUUUCUCAAUGUCCUGUCUUACCUGCGGGGCCUGUGGGGGUGGGAGAUGGGGAUCCAGGUUUGUCUCUCUAGAAACAGGAACCUUGGGAC